AUGAAUGAGGAGGUUCCUCUCAUUGAAUCCACUGUAUCUGAGACAGUUCCAAACGGGAGUGUCUCUAGAAUUCCCGAUAUUGUUUUUGUGAAUGUUGGUGGACGGAAAGCAAGGCUUAACUCUGACAUCAUCACAAGAAGACUGGCCACGUCACGACUUGCAGUAUUCUGUGAAAAGUCGCACGUCGAACGGCUGACGGACUGUGACGCCUACUUUGAGUCAACGUCAGAGUACUAUUUCGAAAGAUCCCCAAUCAUUUUUGAAUAUGUCAUUGAUUUUUAUGUCACUGGAAAACUUCAUCGGCCAAUGGAUAUUUGUCCAAUACGGUUGAGAUAUGAAUUGGACUACUGGAGAAUUCCAACUCCGUUUAUGUCACCGUGUUGUAUUCUGGAGGAGAAUAACAAUAUUGCUGGAAAGUUAUCAACUGAGAAGGCAUUUGUUGAUUCAUCCUUGCCAUCUUCAUGCUUUGAUAAAGUUGUACUUGGUCCACAAAGACUCAAACUCUAUCGGCUAAUGGAAAAUCCUAGAUCAUCUUCUGGCGCAAAAGUGUUUUCAGUCGGAUCAGCAGUUUUUGUACUGCUUUCCCUGCUUGGAUUGAUUCUGAGCUCAAUGCCAGAACUUCAAGACGAGAACAAGGAACCACAUUAUCUUCUUCAUUAUUUAGAGCUACUUUGCAUGGUCUACUUCACUUUUGAAUAUCUCGCACGCCUUCUUGUGAACCCAAAGAAAGCAGAAUUCAUCAGAAGUCCUCUGAAUGUGAUUGACUUGCUCACGGUACUUCCUUUCAUGAUUGAAGCAUUCAAUGAGUUACAAUGGAUGAAAGAAUUCAGAGGUGCAAUGCUCGUGGUCCGUGUGAUGAGGUUAGCUAGAGUGGCUCGGAUUUUCAAGCUGGCUCGGUACAGUACUGGACUACGUGCAUUCGGAGAAACAAUGAAGAAGAGUGCUGCGGAACUGAGUAUGCUUGGAUUGUUUUUGGUUACAGGAAUAAUGCUCUUCUCAACUGCCAUAUAUUUCUUCGAGCGAGAUGAACCCAACUCCAAGUUCUACAGUGUCAUCACAAUGACAACAGUCGGAUAUGGAGACUUGGUUCCGAUCACUGCUGGAGGAAAAGUGGUGGCAGCUUUGGCUUCUGUUUGCGGAAUCAUAGUUCUCGCCUUCCCGAUCUCUAUGAUAAUCGACAAAUUCGCUGAAUCAACCGGUGGCUGGAGUGGUGGAGAAGGAGAUGAAGAACAAGGACAUCAGUUGGCUAUGCAUCGAUCAGUUCACCCUUUGAAUGGCGUUACGGCAGCACAACCGGUUAAGAAGAAGAGCAAGCGAUAUGUCGGAUUUUGA